ACAUUGCAUUUAUAAACGUGCGAGCGUUUCUUAGUAUCUAACUGACACUAAACGCAUCGAAUAAUUCAAAAGAAAUAAUAUAAAUGUUGAUAAAUGAUAGAUUAUCAAAAUCUAUUUCCAUAUGCGGCAAUAUAAAUAAGCAUUUACCAAAAAUAUUGCGAGCAUUCCCACAAUGGAUGCCGUGGCCAUUUUCUCUAAACUUUUCCUGACCAUAAUAACGAUCAGUCGAAUUCACACAAUGAACGAUUUUGGCGAAGAGACCUGCGAAACUCUACCGUCAGAAAUAAACAUCAUCAAAGAGGAAUACGACGAGCUCGGUCGACUACAGCGCACUUGCCACGGCGAAAUUGCGGUCAAUAAAUGCGAAGGAAGUUGCAACAGCCAAGUGCAACCGUCGGUUAUCACUCCGACUGGUUUUCUAAAGACGUGUUACUGCUGCCGCGAGAGUUUUCUACGGGAGCGGGUCGUUACACUGUCGCACUGCUACGAUCCCGACGGUAUGCGAUUAAACGCAGAAGAAUUAAAGGCGAUGGAUAUAAAAUUGCGCGAACCCUCGGAUUGUAAAUGUUUCAAAUGUGGCGACUUUAGUCGAUAAAUGUGUUGUAAUUUUAAUGACAGUAUUAAAUACUAUUA